AUGGCAGCCUCUUCUCCAGUCAUUAGCAAUAAUAGCUCCGACACCGGCCAAACCGCCAUCUCCGCCGCCGCCUCGGUGUCUUUCAGCGCACCACCGAAGACUCUCCGCGGCCUCAACAAACCUAAGUGUAUUCAGUGCGGAAACUUAGGUGCCCUUAUCAGUCGUGCAAAAGUUGCUGCUCAAGAGCUCAAAAUCCAUGCCAUAUUCAUGUUGAGCUUGGUUGAAUUUGGUUUGUUGGGUGCAAGAAAGGAGGAAAAUCUUAGCCAUUUGAAACUGGCAAUGCAAGGUUGUGUCCAUGGAAAAGAAGCUAUGGGAUUAGCUUCAUCCUGUUCUAUGUUGGUUGAUUCAGACAUAAAAGGGGCAAAUAGAGUGGUCUCUGGAGGGGAUGCGACCUCCAUUUUUACUCACUCUGCUGCCACGGCUGAUGUAGGGAACUUUAGAUUCAUGUCUGAACUACUUAUGCAAAGUCACGUUGAUAUGGACACAGUUCUUAAAGCAAAUGCAACUCCAGACAAGACUCCAGUUUCAAGCACUCCUCUCUUUGACCUGCAGCCGAAUGAAGUGCCUCCUGCAGCGAGUUCGCAUAGAGCUGCAUCACUUCGGCAACUUUCUAGCAAUUUUUCCCAAUUCAACAAUUUGCAUUCUCCACUCCGUUCAAGGAAACCAUUGACCAGAAAGGAAGCUGCGGCUAUAAAUGAAUGGAGGUUUUCCAAAAUGAAGGAAUUCAAGGACAGAAACAUCGAAGUGGAAAAUGAGGCUUUUGAUCGGUACAUGUAUAAUAUUAGCCUACUGGAGGAGGUAUUUUCUUUGAAAUCUUUCCGAGAAGGCUCCACUGAGGAUGGAUCAUUCUCUUCAAACCACGACCAUGCUUCUGCAGAAGCAGACACAGAAGGAAAAAUGGUUUCAGAGCAGAAGUUGAAGCUCAGGUCAAAUCCUAGCAGGACUGAGAAUUUCCGUAAGAGGUUACAACAAAUUGUUGAUGGGGGAUUGAAGAAGCUUCAGAAAGUUGAGUUGAAUAAUGGGAGUGUAAAUAACCAAAAUGAACUUGAUAAAAGGCCGGAGAAGGCAAAAAGUUUGCGGGCGGAGAGGGCUUCAGCUUUAAGUGAUCUUAUUGACAGGUUAAACAAGGCCCGCAAUGAAGAAGAUCUUAAGUCAUGCUUGGAGAUGAAGGCCCAACUCUAUAGUCAGCAGAUGGGGUCUAGAACAGAAACAAAAGGUGUUGAGGUAUUGAAGGAGCAGACUGCCAGAAAAGACUUGGCACCCCAAAAAGAAUUGGAUUAUUUUUCACAAAAAUUGUUUAGAACAGUGGAAAUUGACCACGAAGCUCUGACUAGCAUAGAUGCACACUUCUCUUCCCUAGAAAAGAUAGAAGAUUUGUGA